UAACAACUGGCAACUCUGAAGUUAGUGUAAUUAUUAUCCCAAAGUGACAAAUAAAAAUAUUUUAAAAAGUAAUUGCAAUUAUACGCCUUUGUGACAGUGUUUGAAAAUGUAAUGAUAGAAAAAGGAGAGAUUAUUUUGUAAAUAGUACCGCUUUCUAUUAAUUGUUUCUUCGAUGAAUAAUUUAGAGGAUCUCGUUCAUACUAUAAUUUCUGGAAAUUAUGAAAAAGUAUCAUCCAGUCUAACACUUUUUUCGGAGAAUUAUGGAAGUAAAAUGCAAUUCGAUGAAUUGUAUGCAAGCGGUCUACUCGAGGAUGUAUGGAAAGCAUUAUUUAGUUACCUAUCGGAUUUGGAUUAUUCUUUAAUUCAUGAUCGCUGUUUAACGGCUUUGAGAAUUUUCAGUCGUGACAAUACGAGAUUAAGCAAAUUAGUUACAACAGAACGAUUGCAAACAGUACUGAAGUUUGCUAGGUUAACGCAUUUACAUGAUCAAAAUGAUUUGACAGACUCGAAGAUUAUAAUAGAAUCUUUGAAGCUGCUGUGCAAUUUAUUGUUCAAUAGCACUGCAGUAUUGCAAAUGUUAUUGAGCGAUACGUCAUGGCUAUCAUGCUUGAUAAAGCGCAUUCAAUGCUACAGCGAUGCUACUCCGACUGAUAUGAAACUAUUUGAUCUGAGAAUCUUAUUUUUAAUAACUGCAUUAGAUGUAGCUGCAAGGAAAAAUGUGAAGGAUAAUUUUUCUGGUGACGUUCAUCUUGUGAAUAUGUUAAAAGAUAUUUCUAGACAUCCUUCACCGGACGAUAGUGAGAAACAGGAAGAAAAUUGCAAGUUAGCCUCUGAAAUUUUAAAAAUACUUUUCAAUUUGUACAUGCACUCCGACGAAGUUUCUGUAGAAGAUUGCAAGAAGUAUAAUGAAUUGGUGCACGUAUUAAAUGAACUUCUCUUAAAUGAGAACGGACCACAACAGGAAACUCUUCACAGCAACAUCAUAAAUUUGCUGACUGUGAUUCCGGUGGACUAUUGUUCUCAAAUCGUUCAACCGAUUCAAAGCACCGAGUGCACAGCUGUCUACAGAAAUAUGGACAUGACGGCAAUUUCCUUGCUGCUAAUUUUUCUGAAUCAAAAACUUGACAUCGAAACAAAUUUAGUAGAAAACAUAUGCCCUGUCGUGACAGCUUUAAUUCGCUUGGUGAAAGCAGAGAAAUUAAUACGCAAGUACUGUCGAAUGCAGGUUCUACCACCUCUAAAAGACGUAAUGAAACGACCCGAAGAGGGAACGUCGCUUAGAGCUAAGCUGUGUAAAUUGUUAACAACUCCAUAUACAGAACUUCGUGAUCUUGUUGCAGAGUUCCUUUUCGUGCUGUGCAAGGAGAACGUGGAACGUAUGAUCAAGUACACUGGAUAUGGCAAUGCAGCAGGAAUGUUCGCGAACAAAGGAUUGCUUGGUCGUCGACAACCAGACAAUGAGUACUCUUCAGAUUCAGAAGACAGCGAUACCGAAGAGUACAUCAAACAUAAAGAAAGAAUCAAUCCAGUGACAGGUUGCUAUGAGAGUCCUAAGCCAAAUCCUCUGGAAGGAAUGACCGAAGAGCAGAAAGAAUACGAGGCAUUGCAGCUCGUCAAUCUUAUGGAUAAGUUGACGAGGGACGGUGUUGUGCAGCCAUGUCGGGUAGGAGAGGAUGGCAAGCCGAAACCACUGGAGCACGUCUUAGAGUUACAAAGUGAAUUGCCGAAGCAGCAGCUUCAUCAUAAUGAUUCCGAGUCGGAUUAGGUGUUUUCGAUAAUUUCAGGUAGAUCUAAAUUCAUUCGCCAUAUUUAACACUUUCAUUCAAUAGAGAGAAUCUGUACACCUCCCCUCGUCCUUUGAUAACCUGUUAUUUAUAAUAUAAAUAUAAUGAUUUAAU